AAUUAACUUUAAUUUUUUACUUUAAAUACAAUGGUCAAAACUGUUCUUUUACUCGGAUCUGGAUUCGUUGCUAAGCCAACUGUCGACAUCUUGGCCAAGACUCCAGAUGUCAAGGUCAUUGUUGCCUGUCGUACUUUGUCUAAGGCCCAAGAGCUUGCUGGCUCUGUUGCUGAUGCUAUCUCCUUAGAUGUCACUGAUGAAGCUGCCUUGGACGCUGCUGUUGCAAAGGUUGAUCUUGUCAUCUCUUUGAUUCCAUACAUCUACCAUGCUAACGUCGUUAAGGCUGCCAUUAAGAACAAGAAGCACGUCGUCACCACCUCUUACAUCAACCCUAAGCUUAAGGAAUUGGAACAACAAAUCAAAGACGCUGGAAUCGUCGUCAUGAACGAAAUUGGUUUGGACCCAGGUAUUGACCACUUGUACGCCGUUAAGACUUUCGAAGAAGUCCACGCUCAAGGUGGUAAGAUUAAGUCUUUCUUGUCUUACUGUGGUGGUUUGCCAGCUCCAGAAGCUUCCAACAACCCAUUGGGUUACAAGUUUUCUUGGUCUUCUAGAGGUGUCUUGUUGGCCUUGAGAAACUCUGCUCAAUACUGGAAGGAUGGUGAAAUUGUCAAUGUUGCCUCUGAAGACUUGAUGGCCACCGCCAAGCCAUACUUCAUCUACCCAGGUUUCGCCUUUGUUGCCUACCCUAACCGUGACUCCACUGCUUACAAGGAAUUGUACAACAUUCCAGAAGCUGAAACUGUCAUUAGAGGUACUUUAAGAUUCCAAGGUUUCCCAGAAUUCAUCAAGGUCUUUGUUGACAUUGGAUUCUUGAAGGAUGAAGAAUCUGCUGACUUUAAGGAAGCUAUUGCUUGGAAGGAUGCUACCGCCAAGUUGGUUGGUGCUGCUUCCAACUCCGAAGAAGACAUUGUUAAGGCCAUUGUUGCCAAGGCUACUUUCAAGGAUGAUGAAGAUAAGGCCCGUAUCUUGGCUGGUUUGAAGUGGCUCGGAUUGUUCUCCGACAAGAAGAUCACUCCAAGAGGUAACCCAUUGGACACCUUGUGCGCCACUUUGGAAGAAUUGAUGCAAUACGAAGAAGGUGAACGUGAUUUGGUUUGUUUGCAACACAAGUUUGGUAUCGAAUGGGCCAACGGUGAAACUGAAACCAGAACCUCCACUUUGGUUGACUACGGUAACCCAGAUGGUUACUCUUCUAUGGCCAAGUUGGUUGGUGUUCCAUGUGCCGUUGCUGCUCAACAAGUUUUGGACGGUACCUUGUCCACUCCAGGUUUGUGGGCUCCAAUGACUUCCAAGAUUAAUGACCCAAUCAUGAAGACCUUGAAGGACGACUAUGGUAUCUUUUUGGAAGAAAAGACUCUUUAAGUUUAUUUAAAAUACAAAUGAGUUUUAAUAGUAUAA